AUGCUAUUUUCUGAAUCAAAACAGCAAGAAAUUCGUACAAUAACAUUAGAUAUCUAUCAACCUGAUCCAACACUUCAAGAACCACCGCUCGGUCCAAAAGGUUUAUUUUGUUGCAAGAAAUCAUGGCUCAUCCGUUUCAUCUUGGUACCAAAACUAGUGCCGAAAAAUGUUCGUUUAUAUUCGAAUCACCCAUCUUCAUCAUCUUUAACGGAACAACCAAAAUUUGAACGUAAUACAUACACAGAGCUUGAAUGGCAAUAUCCGUCACAUGGGAAACAUGAUGAUUGGAAUCGUUAUGUGGAGCUGGAAUGCAAUCUUCCAGGGACAUUUCAUUACUAUUUCACAUGUGACGAUCAAAAAACACCUGAAGGUGAUGGAUAUUUUUUAGUUGAACCGACACUCGAGUGGCCCGAUGGCAAGGGUGAGACGUUACCCAUUGAUUGUAUUGCAUGUCAGUCGGUAUUAUCUAAAUCUCUUGGGAAGUUUGAUGAUUGGGAAGAACGCUUGGUGGUGGCGAAACAAAGCGGAUAUAAUAUGAUUCAUUUUACACCAAUACAAAAAUUAUAUCAUGUUUCGAAUUCAUCAUAUGCAAUAACAGAUCAUCAUGAAUUAAAUCCAUUAUUUGGAAAAGGUGUCACCCACGAUCACAUAAAGAAGCUCGUUGACAAAAUGGCUCUUGAAUGGCGCGCAUUUUCAAUAACCGACUUGGUCUACAACCAUGCUGCAAACGAUUUCUCGUUGAUAUUGGAACAUCCUGAUUGUACAUAUAAUCUUGUUAAUUCACCACAUCUGAAACCAGGCUUUUUUCUCGAUUCGAUUCUUAUGCAAUUCACAGUUGAUUGUUUUAAUGGAAAUUUGAAACAUCGCCAUGAAGGUGGAAUACCGUCGAAAAUCGAAGAAUAUCACAUCGAAAUCAUUCAUGAUUAUCUCCUGAAAGAUUUGUUGCCACGUUACAAGCUGCAUGAAUUUUAUAUGAUCAAUGUGGAAAAAGUCGUCGGAGAAUUUAGAAAAUUAAUUUUGAAUACACCAUUGUCAACAUUGUCUGACAGGUAG